AUGACCACCCUCCAGCCCCGGGCCCCCUACACCGACGCCGAACUCGCCGCCCUCUACCCGCCGUCCCUCCAACUCCAGAAUGUCCAGAUCCUCCUCCGCCACGGCGAGCGCACGCCCGUGACGCCGCGCUUCCAGGAACAUGGCCUCCCCGCCUUCUGGCCGUACUGCAAGGCCGUCCGCCACCUGCGCUCCGCCGUCAUGGACGUAGACCCCGACGCGCCCGCCGACGCCCAGUUCUCGACCCUCGCCUGGAAGCGCCGCCUCGAGACCAUGGGCCACAAGGACGCCCCCGUCAUCGCCGCCGGCAAGCAGGGCGAGCUCGACGACAUUUGCGACAUGGGCAUGCUCACCGACAAGGGCCGCGCGACCACCACCCAUCUCGGCCGUCGUCUGCGCGCCCUCUACGUCGACCGCCUCGGCUUCCUCGCCCCCUCCCUCGACGCCGACAACGUCGACACCCUCUACCUCCGCGCCACCCCGAUUCAGCGCGCUCUCGAGAGCAUGCAGCAGACCCUCCACGGCCUCUACCCGCCCGCCACCAGAGCCCCCGGCCUACCGCCCGUCAACGUCCUCGCCCGCGCCAUCGGCGACGAGACCCUCUUCCCCAACGAGGGCAACUGCCGCCGCUUCGCCGUCCUCGCCCGCGCCUUUGCCCAGCGCGCCGCCGAGCGCUGGAACGACUCCCCCGAGAUGGACUACCUCACGCGGCAGCUGGGCCGGUACCUCCCCGAUCCCUCUGCCCGCGUCGCCGUCGACGGCAAGCCCCGCCUCUCCGGCAUCAUGGACACCAUGAACGCGACCUACGCCCACGGCCCGGACACCAAGCUCCCCAAGGCCUUCUACGACCCCAAGGUCAAGGACAUUAUCGAGACCAUUGGCGUCGAGGAGUGGUACGCCGGCUACCGCGAGUCCGAGGAGUACCGCACCCUCGGCAUCGGCGGUCUCCUGGGCGACGUCGUCGCCCGCAUGGUCGGCUCCGUCGAGCAGACCACCGCCGACGGCCAGUACGAGCUGCAGCGCCGUGGACAGGGCCACGCCCCCGCCGUGCGCUUCGGUCUCUCCGGUUGCCACGACACCACCCUCGCCGCCAUCCUCUCCUCCCUCGGCACCUUUGGUCACAAGCAGUGGCCGCCCUUUACGAGCCACGUUGCCAUUGAGCUCUUCCGCCACACGACGACGCCAGACAAGCCACCGCCCGCGGCCCCGACCACUGGCUCCUGGCUCGCCUCCCUCUUUGGGGCGAGUGGGAAGGCCACCCUCUCACCGCCUGGCGUCCCACCGGCCGGUGGCAUCGGCCGUACCAAGAUGUCAGACCUGACGCCGGCCGAGAGAGAGCGGCUCGAGGGCUACUACGUGCGCGUCCGCUACAACGACGAGCCCGUGACCAUCCCAGGAUGUAAACAGCAGGGCAACCACCUCGAGGGCGAUGAAUCCUUCUGCACUCUGGCGGCCUUCAAGUCCAUCGUAGACAAGUUCACACCCGUCGACUGGCGCCAGCAGUGCCGCACCAACAUCAACGCCACGCCAUUCCCGGAAACGAAGCAGCCGUCCGGGUUCUAA